GCCGCGCCCCUCGCCCGCCAGCCCCGCGGCCAUGCGCGCCCAGGCGCCGGUGACCCUGGAGGACGUCACGGUCUCCUUCUCCGCGGAAGAGUGGGCCGAGCUGGAGGAAUGGCAGCGGGCCCUUCACCGGGACGUCAUGCGGGAGAACUACGAACUGGUCGCCUCUCUGGGCUGUGAUGUGGGAGCUGUCAGAGUUAAGGAGGAAGAGGAAGACCUCCAAGUGUCCUUGGUGGGAGCGGCGGAAGAGACAGCCCUUCAGGCUUUGAAGGCAGGCGCGGAAAACCAGCCUUGGCCACCAAGCAGGCACAAUGGGCGGAUGCAGGAGGAGGUAGGAUGGGAAGGAGGAGUGAAGCAGAGAUCGAGCGGCGAGGCCCCCGGGCCCCCGUGUCCCCUCACUUGUCCACAGUGCAGGAAACGCUUCAAGAGCAAGGCAGCCCUCCUGACCCACCAGCGGAUUCACACAGGUGAGCGACCCUUCGCCUGUGCUGAUUGCGGGCGAUGCUUCACCCAGAGGCAGCACCUGGCCACCCACCUACAAGUGCACGGAGGAGAGCACCCGUUUGCCUGCCCCGACUGUGGCUGCACCUUCCGCCUGCAGAAGCUCCUCCUGACACACCAGCGGAAGGUCCACUCUGGCGAGCUGCCCUUGGCUUGCGCUGACUGUGGCAAGCUCUUUAACCACAAGCACCACCUGAUGACCCACCAGCGGGUGCAUACUGGCGAGCGCCCCUUUCCCUGCCCGGACUGUGGCAAGAGUUUCACCCAGAAGCACCACCUCCAGACCCACCAGCGUAGCCACUCUGGGGACCGCCCCUUCCCUUGUGCGGCGUGCGGCAAGACUUUCAAGGAUCGCACUGGCGUCCUGAUGCACCAGAUUGUGCACACCGGCGCAAAGCCCUUUGCGUGCCAGAGCUGCAGUAAGGUCUUCAGCCACAAGCACCACCUGGUGAUCCAUCAGCGUGUGCACACUGGUGAGAAGCCCUUCUCGUGUGAGGUGUGCAGGAAGCGCUUCACCCAGAAGCACCACCUCCUGAGCCACGAGCGCAUCCACACGGGGGAGCGCCCGUACCACUGCGAGGCGUGCCCCCGCAGUUUCAAGGACAGGAUCACCCUCAAGCUGCACGUGCGACUCCACACGGGCGAGAAGCCCUUUUGCUGUGCCCAGUGUGGGGAAAGCUUCCGGCUGAGGAAGGCGCUGCUCUCCCACCAGCGGACCCACGACAUCCCCACCCAGCUCAUCUGCACCGAGUGUGGGGAGAGUUUCCCGCGUAUGCGCAGCUUGGCUGGCCACAGGCGGCGGAUGCACCCGGCGGCACCAAAGGAAACAGCUUCCCAGCCUGGGGCGGCCAGGAAACCGCUCUGUGUCCCUGAGUCCCGUGCCCAUGGGGAGAAGGGCCAAGAAGAGCAGCUGGACCAGGAGGGAACAGCCCAGCCAGGCAAGGGCCGCCUGUGCCUGAGUGUGUGCUCCCUGGGCCUGCCAGCUCCGGAGGUGCAAAUGCUGUGAGUUGGAUUGUCUGAAAUCUUUAGAGGAAACUCUGCGCUUGUUUCUUGGCAGCCUUUGCAGGCGCAUCGCACACUGUCCUCCUGGACCUGAAGAUUUCUCUGUUUCUGCCCCUCUCCAUUUUUAUCCUCUACAGAGGUCAGGGUGGCCUGUAGAGCUCUGCCCCUUCCUUUAAUAGGUACGUUGGGGCUGAGAGAGGCCAGCCAGAAAGCUUUGUGGGUGUUUUUCGGGAGGGCAGACUAGGAGGAACAUUGUUGCUGGCAGCGGCAACAGCUUGGCCCUGCUUUCGUUUGCUUGCCCAGCCUGUUCCGUAUCUCGGGCAUGAGCCGAGCAGCCGUUGGAUCCCAGGUGCUCCGUGCUCUUCAACAGCUGCCCCCGAUUCCCGACUGGUCCCAAGGGACACCUUGCACUUGUCAUCUUUUUUUGUGUGUUCUUUUUCUUUUCUUUUAUUUGAUUGUAUUUUUAUUUUUUGUAAGGUGCUUUGGAUCCCAAGAAGAAGAAAAGGAGACAAUAAAUAUACUAACUUGUGCGAAAGUACUUGUUUAGUAACUAUUCUAAGAUAGUGCCCUGUGAUCUAAUCUACGUAUAAAAAUAUGAAUUGCAGGUUCAUACCGCCUCAGGCUUUGCAGGGAAAUGAGAAGGAGUUUAACUCCCAAAGCCACCCUCCUUCUCUGCUAUUAAUAUUUGAGAGCAAAAUGGACCCUUUAAAAACACGACACUUCCUUAAAUACUAAUAGCAAAGCAGGGAAGCCGGUCUUGAAAAGUGAAACCCUCAGAGGCUGAAGGGUUACCUCCCCGCUCACUCUCCUGCGUGGUCCAGAGGCAAAUUGAAACUGCAAAAGCCUGCAGUUUGCAGAUGAGAGGCAUUGAAUGGUUGCUUUUAUCCUGGUCCAGUUAGCUGUUCCGCUUUUUUUCUGGCUUCCCUGUUCAUUGCACCCUUUUAGGGUUUAGAACUGUGCGGUUGACUUUGCUGCAUCCCCCAAGGGUCUCCAAGUGAAGACUGGAGGGGUGGGAACGCCCACUGAGGGGGGGGUCCCACUGAGGCUCUCGGUUUGCUGAGCCCCCACUGUAAAGGAGAAGGCCGUUUUCUUCCUCCCUUGGCUCUUAAUUUGUAUUUGGCCAAAAGACCGAGUCCCUUCACCUGUAAUUGUAUUCAGGAUAGGUCAAAUGUAUCCUGUAGCUCCGUACGAGGCACACCCAACCCCUGCUGGGCUGCACUGCUGCCAGCCCACCCCACUUCAGCCUGGCUUGGUCCUGCCUGGCAGUGGCACGGGCCAUGGAGGCAACGCCAGUGCCCUCCCAUGCUGCCGAUGGCUGGCAGCCAGCCAGCCAAACCCCUGUGGGAAAUCUUGUGGUACCUCUAAGAGCGGCUUGGCUGAGACUUGGCCAGGUGGCACCAGCCCAGGCUGCAGUGCAGGCCACAGGGUUAGCAGUCAGACCCCUCCUCCUGCUGAGGGGAGGUCUGUAGAUAUGAAACCAUAAGCCCCCUCCCUCGGAUAUUACAAGCACAAGGCACUGCCUGGCCUGAAAUGAAACAAAAUGGAUGCCAGCCGGGAAGAGUCUGGAAAAGUAUUUUAGGAAGGGAGUCAGAGCGGCUGACCGACUAAUGGCCCGUCCACACCCUUGGAGAGACGCAUAAUUUAGGGCAAUGGGUCUCCCAAAGAACUCCUAAUCUCAUCCGCGCCCGGUCUCACUUCCCUUUACCCUGAUUAAGAAACACCUACUGCUAUUCACCAAACCUGGUAGCUUUUCCCGUCUGGUACUCACAGGGUCAUCAAGCACCACUGACAUCUAUAGUCCACCUCAGGUGGACCCAUCAAGCCUCUCCGCAAUUCAUUAGACACCUCCAGAAAAAUCCACUGAGCCGUUGUUUCGGAGGCAAAAAUGUCAGCUUGCCCCAGGAAGCAUUUUGCCCUAUAUUUGGAGUCCCUAGCCAACCAGUGUGUGUGUGUGUGUCCUGGAUCCGUACAUGCCCCCACAAAUGAAUCUGGGCCUCCUUCAUGAAAUGCUGGUUGUUUUGCGGCGGCCUCCACAGACCUCUGUCCUCAAGACUGGGAACUAUAGCCUUCCCCCAAACUGCUUUCUCCCCUUUCUCUCUCUGAUUCCCUCUUAGCUAGCCUUGUAUGUAUGCUGUAUGUGCUUGUAUGUUUGCCCUUUUAUUUCUCUUUUAAUAAAAAACUUUCCGGUUGAA